UUAGGGCCUCAUGAGCUUCAAUGUCCUUGAACAGGUGGAUUAUCAAUCAAGAGUUAACUCCUCUGCAUCCUAUGAUGACAUCUUCCUCUACUCUGAACUGGACAUUGACUGUGAACUUGAAACUAUUCCAGCAUUUGCACUGAUUUUUUUUCCAGUGCUGUACACCGUGUUGUUUGUGACCGGCCUUGUGGGAAAUGCUUUGGUCGUUUGGGUCCUAAUGGCCUUCAAAAAAGUCAGGGCCAUGACUGACGUCUAUCUGCUGAACCUUGCCAUCUCUGGCCUCCUCUUUGUCUUCUCCCUCCCCUUCUUGGUUCAGUACUCCCUGGUGAGCCAGUGGUCUUUUGGCAAUGUCAUGUGUAAAAUUGUCAGCUCAGCUUACUUCAUUGGUUUCUACAGCAGCUCCUUCUUCAUAACCAUCAUGAGCAUCGACAGGUACUUGGCCAUUGUGCGGUCUGUGUAUGCCCUGCGGGUGCGCACGUCCGCCCACGGGGUCAUCGCAAGCCUGGCCCUUUGGGCAGUCGCCAUUUUAGCAUCAGCGCCAGACCUCAUUUUCUUCCGGGAAAUGGAAGACAGCAACAGGACCGUGUGCCUGCCUCGCUAUCCUGGUAGCAACAACGGCUGGAAGAUUUUCAGUAAUUUUGAAGUCAAUGUCCUGGGGUGGCUGAUCCCGGUGGGCAUCCUCAUUUUCUGCUACCACAACAUCUUGAAAAACCUGCGGCGGUGUCACACUCGCAACAGGUACAAAGCAAUGAAGCUGGUUUUCAUUGUUGUCAUUGUGUUCUUCCUUUUCUGGACCCCUAUCAAUGUCGUGCUCUUCCUGGACUCCAUGAGGAACAUGCACAUCAUCGACGACUGCCAGGCAAGCCAAAGGCUCGACCUAGCCCUGGAGCUGGCUGAGGCGCUCUCCUUCGUCCACUGUUGCCUCAAUCCCAUCAUCUACGCCUUUGUGGGUGAGAAGUUCAAGAAGUAUCUCUGCGAGGCUUUUGGCAAAUAUGCACGUUUUCUCUUGAUCUGCAACGACUACAGUGUGUUCCACAGGCACAAACUGGACAGGCACUCCUCUGUGCACAUGGUGUCCUCGCAGUCAUCUUUUGUUGGUAGUGUCUUGUAGAGCUGCAAGCCAAAAGCUCCCAUACUUCAUGCAUGACCUGAAGUUGAGAAGUCCUCCCAGUGAUUCAGUUAAUAAGUCUUCUUGUUGCCUUAGUGUAGGAGGUUAAGGUGCAGUGGCCCAUUACCAAAGUGUGACUAGGAAAUCAUGCAAUCCUAGAGCAAGCUGCAGUGCACCUUGCUCCAUGAUAUGCUGUAAUACCAUUCUGAGCAGGUAUCUUCAUGGAUGCAAUCCUUCUGAAAUACUUCUCUGUUAUUAGCAAAUGUGAAUGAGAACUUCAAACACUGAAAUUAACAUUGGGAAAUUUAUCAGCCACUCCUCUGCCCACCAGCACAUGGCAUCCCCGCAGUCAUCUUUUGUUGGUAGUGUCUUGUAGAGCUGCAAGCCAAAAGCUCUCUUACUUCAUGCCCUGACUGCAUGCCAUGGCCUGAAGGGGUGGCUUGAAAGCAAGAGAAUCUGACAGUGAUGUAGUUUUUGUGAUUUUCAUGUUGCUUUGGGAAGUGGGUUUCAGCAUAAUGCUAGAAAAAGCCAGAUACGGACUGUUUUCAUGCUCUGUGAUGCCAUUUUAGGUCUUACUGGAUGGCGGAUCAUCCUUAUCUGUGAGAUGUCUACCCAUCCUUAUCUGUGAGAUGUCUACCCACAGCAAGGGGGUUGGAACUCAGUGUUCUUUAAGGUUCCUUUCAACCCCAGACAUUCUGUGGUCUUCCCAGUGCUAAACAGGCAGUCUUACAGCUCAGAGUUGAAAUAUAUGGAGUAAUCUGCCAUUUCCCUCUUGAAAAAGUUUCCUGGAUGUAGCAGCAAUGUCCUCAUCUAUUCAGAUUUUUGCUGUGCAGAGCAUAGGUGGAGGCAUUAGACAAAGACUCUGCCUUUCUAACAGAGACCAUUAACCUGUAAGAGGCUGGAUGCUGAUAAAGCAACACAUGCAUGCAGCAAUAUAUAUAUAUAUAUAUAUAUAUAUAUAUAUUUGUACUUCUGAGAGUCUGUCCUUGAAAUGCAGAGAGACAUAAUGGAUGGAAAGACAGUUGCGCCAUGCACAUGAGAGUAAUGUAUAACUUUCCCUGCCAUAUUCCCUGUUUAUGAACAGAAUGUAAUACUCCUUUUCAGGAAAAUCUUUCUACCACUUGGCUGCCUCUUUCUAGGAAGAAAGUAUCUCCAGGAGUGAGGGUGACAUGGCUGGAGGUGAAGUGGGCGCAGAGCACACACCCAAACUCACAGCCACCUUCUAGAUGAGAGGUAAUUUAGUUAGCAUACUCUCACCAUAUUUAUCGCCAUGCACCUUCCCUGCCACUCCUCUAAGACAGAGGUUGAGUUCCUCUAAUUUGGAAAACACUACAGACAUACCAUGAAUAUACAGGAAGGCACAGUGGGUGGUUAAGAUCAGCCUCUUGCACAGAAGUCUGUAAAGCAAGUAACAUUGUGCAUGUGCACAUUUCCUCCAGGAACAGAGCUUUUAUCCACUUCACUCCUUUGUACUCCGCAUUUUACAAACACCACCAGUGAAUCAAAAGAAAAAAUAUAUAUAUUUUAGGUUUAAGUUUGAACAUGAGGAACUAUUACUUUUGUGUCUGUUUUAAGAUUACACACUGAAGCCAGAAUGGGAGAACACCUGACUAUUUAAUGUGCUACCGUCAUCGUGACUUCCCUUUAACCUGUGUCAUCUCAGCAAAAAGAAAGAUCAUGAUCGGGAUGCAAAGCUAAGCAUCAGACGUGAGUGGGACCAAUAUUAAAAUUAUGGUGGGCAUCUUUUAAGCAAAUGUGUGAUCAUACAUAAAGUCUGGCCCAGCCCCUGGCAGUUGAAUGCUUUUCUUGGGACAAGCAGCUGCUGGGACAACCCUACAAUUUGGCAUCACCCUCAAGCUGCCUGGACUUAGGGCUCCAACCUGAGCAGAUGCAGGUAGAUGCUUCCUGCUCUCCUGUGCUGCCAGUGCCCCACAAACAACAGCAGGGCAGAAGACUCUCCACGGCUUGUCCCAUCAGAAAAAAAGAGGAGCUCUGAGACCUGUAGGUGACAUGGGGCAGGUCCUGCUGGCUGCACAGCCUCCGGAUGUGGGUCUCACCUCCUCCCCCUUCUCAGCAAGGCAGCUGCAACAGUUUGAAGCAGCUGGGCUGCAAGAGGUGCUGAGGUUGGUCCAGCUCGGGCUCCUGAUGCUGCUGCUGCAGAGGAGGAAGGCAGCAGCCCCAGGCAGGAAAUCCUUCAUGCUGCAGAAAGCACCUCCUGCCUCCUCAGGAGAAGGCUUUGAAAAUAGGGCUGAGGCAGCAGCAAAGGGAAGAUGCCCUUUAAAUGCUACUGAGAACUAGAGAAGUGAAAGGCUUUGAAAAGAAGUCCCUUUUCUCAUGUUCAACUUUAUUUCUAAAUGCGUAAAAUACGAAAAUAUGCACUUGGACUUUUCUGUUGUAAGACUGUGCUGAAGAACAUGUCUAUUAAAACACCAGAACAGUGAAAACAGCUGGAAAAAUUGUCAUGUCUUGGGUAUAACAAACUGAGGAGACCUGGCCAUGGCGG